UGGCAGAUUAUUGUUUGGCCUGUAGCCUGAUUUCAUUCUGCCCAUGCUGUCUUGACAAACGAGGCUUUGUCUGUAACUGGAAAUUCAAACCAAACUGAUACAUGCAGAGACAGCAUAAGAAUGUACUUACUGGCACUACAUUUCUCAAAAAAGACAUAUUCAUAUAGCACAGCUCUAGGACAGUCUCUCAGUCAUCCAGGCCACCUGAUAAACCUACAAUAAUUUUAAAACCACAUGAAUGACUUUUCUUUUAAACUUUUUUGAUGUUGUUGUUUGUUCUAUUUAGCCACAACAAGAUGAAUGGCAAUUUCUGUUGUGGUUCAGAAGUCUAUGACCACCACAACCAGUUCUUGAGAUGCUGCUCAGGUCAUCUCUACAACCUAACCCAUUUACGUGGAAAUGCAGAGUGCUGUGGAAGCCUAUUGCUGAAAUAUAGUAAUCACAUUUGCUGUUCCUCCUCAACCAAUUCCGUAAUGUAUGACACCAAAAGAAACCACCGUUGCUGUGGGCAUUACUACUACAACACAUCCCUGUGGAGCUGCUGUGCUGAACGUCUCAAACCAACACCAAAGCCUAACAGCUCUCCUGAAGAAUACAGACCUAAACCCCUAACAGGCCUUAUCCCUGAAAUGUGCAAUAAAACAGUGUUCUUUGGCAGAGUGGAGAGUGUGGCACUUGAAAAUGAUCUGCGUCAUGUGGUGUUGAAAGUUGUGUGGCAAGUCAAUAUGAAAUCUGAAAAUUUAAUCAAAGACCCUUGGCUUCAUGUGUCCCUGGAUCACUGCAGCUCUCCUGCCACAGAUAACGGCAUGACCUACCUUUGGGAGGAAAACCACAAUGGGAAGUACAAGCUUCUCUCUCACCCUGUUGACCUAACAUCUGACAUUUACAUGUUAUAUUCUGUAUGUUACCAAAAGAAGGGAUAGAAAUAUGGAUUGAGGUCUAUUUACCAUCAUUUCAAAGCAUGCAGGUUGUCAUAAGAUUCCUGAUCAUUUUUAUCCAUCAUUAAUGAUAAAUGACAAUAGAGGAAAGUCUCUGUUACUAUACACAGCAUUACGGCAUCACAUGUUGUGCAUCUGUGCUUUUUACCUCAUUGGAUAUUUUUAUUUCAUCUCAAUAAUGGAUUGAUCCUGUUUGGAGUGAUGCAUUACUCUUAUUUAUUCAGUGAGGUAAUUUUAAGCUUUGUUAAUGUGAAAAAUGGAAAUAGAAUCAAAAAAGAAAACAUUCUUCUUUUUUAAUAUUGAGUUCUCUUAAAGAGUUAUUUUUUAUCUAAAUUGCUGGGCAGUGUUAAUUUUAUAUAUUUUAAGUUGCACUGCAUGACUUAAGAAGCAUGUUUUUGUAAUCGUACUGUAUUUGAUCAGUCUCAGGUCUAUUCCAAUUCUGUUCAAUUUCUAACAAUUUGAUGGGUUCAGGGGCCUUCAUGUACUAAACUCAGAGGUGCUCAAAAGCAAUUAAUGGCUUUUAUCCUAAUCCUUGA